AUGUUUCAACAUCUGCCAACGAUAUUAAUAUGCGUAUGUGUGCUUUCGACGGAUUUAACCGAAGCUCGCCGAUCGUCAUCAGGAGGCGGAAGCUUCUCGGGUCGCGGUUCGAGCGGAGCGCGAUCGAACGUCGCUUCCGGUGGUGGUGGAUUCAAUAAUGGACGUGGUGGUGGAUUCCAGACGCACAAUUCCGGCGGAUUCCAUCCGAACAACAACAACAACAAUGUGCGGCCGCCGGCUGGCGGAUUUUCGAACACCAAUCGCAAUAAUUACCCGAAUCAGAAUUUCCAGCCGCAUGUCAAUCCCGGCUUCCACCAAGGAACUGGUCUCGGCUCAACGUCGAGCCGCAACACGUUCACCAAAGCGCUCGUUGGUGGCGCUUUGGGUGCCGCCGGUGGCAUUUUGGCGUACGAGGCCGGCAAGGCGAUCAUCAAGUCCGCCACCGAGCCGUUCAAUUAUAACGGCCGCAAUUAUAAUUGGGAUAAUCAUGGCCACGUGGCGAAUGGCGAAUUCCAGUGCUCGAUUCCGAUGAGUCAGCUCAUUCCGCAGACACCUAGCACAACCACGACGACGACGACUGGUGCUCCAGAUGCCACCACUGAUGCUUCAGCGACGACGACGACGACGGUGGCACCGGCGAGUGUCCUCCAGAACAUUCAAUAUCCUGAUGGAACGAGGCCGAAAACGAUUGUCUGGACUUGUAAGGUUGGACGCGAAUCGUGCUGCGGAACCGAUUGUUGUCCGCUUCCGCCGCAACAGCAGACGACGAACGGACCAUCGACGUCCGGAAUGAGCACACUCGGCACCACCGCUCUCAUAAUUUUCGUCGUGAUUCUUCUUCUUUGCUGCGGUGGCUGCCUUUGCGUCUUCUUCUGCUGCAAAUCGGCGUUUGAGAGCUGCGUUGGUGAUUCGAAACAGCACGAUGGCUAUGAUGAAGGAUACCAUCAAGAUCAAUAUCAGAUGCAGAACUAUCCUCCACAGCAGAAUCAGUACUAUCAGCAGCCGCCGCCGGCUAAUUACCAGCAACAGCCGCAUGGUUACCCGCAAACUGGCAAUUAUUAUCCGCCCAAUCAGUAUCCGGCUCAGCCGACUUAUUAG